GGGUUGGUGCUCUCAAGACGUGGUAACUAAAUUCCCAAAGCUAACUAAGGAUGCCGGGGCUAUACCCAUGUAGCCAUAAUGGCUGCACGCCAAAGGUGCGCCGCUGCUCGCCCACGCCCCAAGUGCUGGGCCACUACGCACACAUCUUCACCUGCACCGAUCCGGAGGCGAAUGAGCAGCCCACGCCAAUACUGACUGGGCCUCCUCCAGCUACAGAUGUCAUUGGCCACCUGCUGGGCGACUUUGGGCUCUGGCAACUGCGCACGCUGCUCAUCCUGUUCCUGUGCCAGAUACCUGCCGCCUGGUUCAUGGCCAGCAUCCUGUUCACAGCCCCCGACAUCUAUCCGGAGGAGGAGUACAGCUGCAACACGAGCUCCAUUGAGGGCGCUGACAACAGCUCCGUCUCCCUGGACCAUUGCUAUGUGAUGGUCAGCUAUGGAGACUCGGGCUAUGCCAUGCACCGCUGCCACCAGUUCCACUACAGCACCCUUGGCUUCCACUCCCUCGUCAUGGAGUUCGACUUGGCCUGCCUGAGCGACAUCUUUGUGGCCUGGUCGCAGUAUUGGCAUCUCUUUGGCUUCUUCAUGGGCGGCGUGGUGGCCACCAAGCUGCUGCCUGUCCUGAGUCCGAGGCAGAUCUAUGUGACGGGCAUCUGGUCGCUCCUCGGAUGUGGCCUGCUGACGGUUCUGGUGAAUCAUUUCAGUCUGCACUGUGCCCUGCGCUGUCUGGCGGCCAUCGCCUGCUCCUUUCUGGUUACCUCGGGAGAGGCUAUAUUCAGCGACAUCACAGCGGGCAAGCAUCGUCUGGCUGCGCUGCUUCUUUACGAUACCUUCUGGGCCUUGGGUUUGAUCCUGCUGCCUGGAAUGGCCUCCUUUGCCCACAGCUGGCGGCAUAUUUACUUGGAGAUUUCGCUGCCCCUGCUGGUGAUUAUUUUCCUGCUGCCAUGGACUCCAGACUCGCCGCGCUGGAUACUCCAGCACACAAAGGAUUCUCAGGCAGGCGUCAAUGCCGCUGUGGAGAUGCUGCUAGAGGCAACCCGCAUCAAUGGUCACUGGUUCAGCGUCCCCAAGGACUUGCCCCAUCAGCUGGCGCUGCUCAGGGAGCGGAUGCUGGCGCAGUCUUCGCCUGUCCGCUGGCUGGACCUCUGGCGAGGGCACAGCCGAAGCACAAUCCACAUGGUGGCUGUGCACAUGGCUCUUGCAGCAUUUCUGGUGGUUCACGUGGGUCUGCUGCUCAACAUUCGAUCCUUCGGCAGGGAGCAUCUGCUGCCGAACACCAUGGCCAUGGGCUUGGCUGAGAUUUUGGGCUGCUUCUUGGCCAUGUACCUGACGUUCCGCCACGGCCCUCGCAAGUGGCAAUGGGCUGGAGGCAUCUGCAUCUUCGGCGGUUGCGUUGGCUGCCUCUGCUGGCUCUUCAAUGAUGUGGCUAUGCCUGAAGCCUACGAGAUCUCUGUGUGGUUGUUCCUUAGCACGCUGCCCAAGGCAGCUGUCUCCUGUGGACAAGCCAUGCUCCUGGCCUGCAUGGGUGAACUCGUGGCGUCAGAGCACCGCACCCAGUUCGCCUUCUCCGCUCACACCUGGGCCAGGGUAUGGCAGCUCUCCGCCUGCCUGCUCAUCCUGCUGCGUGAGGUCAGCACAGCCCUCUCCUUGACCGCCUUUUGCAUGCUGGUCAUACUGGGUGGCCUUUGCACCUGUUGCCUGGUUACGCCCCAACAGGCACAAGCACUGGAGGGGGUUUCGAUGCAAGAGAAGGGCCGGCAACGUGCUGGAAACGGUUGCCAUAAUAUUAUUUUAUGAGCCUUGGGCUUAUUGUUACUUUAGUUUAGUUUUGUUAAGUGUUUUAGCCAAGUAUUUACAUAUAGCCAACAUAAUGAACAGCAGCGUGCGAAUUUAACUCGAUAAAAGUUCUACUGAAACGAGCU